AUGAAGAGAGGCGAAAGGAGAGGAAAAUCUACUGUACUCACCAGGACUAAACAGACACGAGAGAUCAUGGUGCUGGCUAGCGUAGUGGCCAUGGCGGCAGCGCAGGGAUACGGCGGUGGCGGCGGCGGCGGUGGUGGCGGCGGGGGGCGGUUCAUCCCCAUCGUGAAGGACGACCGAACGCAGAACGCCUACGGCGAGAACACCUUCGAGUUCGAGGCCGCCAACGGCAUCGUCCGCUACGAGUCCGGAAAAGAAGACAACGGACACGUGCAGGAGGGAGGCUGGAGGUACCAGGCGCCGGAGGGUAUCCCUGUGGAGAUCACCUUCGUGGCCGACCAGGGGGGGUACCAGCCCCAAGGGGCCCUGCUCCCUGUGGCCCCGCCUCUUCCCUACCAGAGGACGCAGUCCUUCGGAGGAGCAGCAGGAGGCGGAGGAGGAGGAUAUGCUCUACUUGGUUAUAACUUCACUGUUUAUCGUUCAUUCGGUUCAGAAUAUGUUCAUGAAACACAUACCCUCGAAUCAGUGCAUAUAACAUGCGAUCCUAUAAAUCGACUCCGCUGUCCGCCGCUGAUUGUGCCUCAAACGUUCUCAUGGUCAUGGCUCUAA